UUGUACAAGCGGCGAGAAACAGGCCAUUGCCAUUGGUUUAUUUGUAUGCCACUUAUAGACUGGAUACAGCAAGUCAACCAUUCAAAUUUAGAAAGAGGAGGGUUUAUUCAGCUAGCCUACUACCGGUAACUUGAAGUGGCUACUGUAGCAUGCAUGGAACUAAACUUAAAGUUCACAAGUAUCUUGUAUGUUAAAUGUCACAACGCUCGAUUUGAGAAAUCGGUCCCACCGUUUGAGAAAACAAAAACUUUUGUUGAAUUCGGUGCGUCUUUGGAGUACGAGCAAUGGAAGAAUUGAGCGAGUCUUCACCCGCUUUGGCGUUCGAGAAGGAAGCAUUUGAGCUGACGGUGGAAGAUGUUUAUGACAUUUCAUACGUGAUUGGCAGAGAUUUGCUGAAAAUAAGUACUACAGGUGAGGAAGUCUCCGAUUUGCAAUUCAAAAUUGUCCGGGUUUUGGAGAUGUUUGAAACGUUAGUGAAUAAGUAUAACCUGUCAUUGGAGGAGCUGAAAAUGGAACGAGACAACUUGAAGAGUGAACUGGAUAGAAUCGUGAGAGAAAGUUCUGCCGGGCAGGAAGCGCAAACACUAGGACCAAACAAACUGGUGGUGGACCUGAAAGAUCCCAAUAGACCACGCUUCACAAUGCAGGAGCUGAAGGAGGUGCUUCAGGAGAGGAACCAGCUCAAGGCCCAGCUACUGGUGGCGCAAGAAGAGUUGCAACUCUACAAGAGUGGGAUGCUGCCACAGGGUGAGCAAGCCAUGGUAGAGGUUGACUUAGUAUCUUCAUCCCCUUCAAAACCUGUUCCUGACACAACAGAUGAGUCUAAAGAAGAGGAACCUAACGAAGGAAUGACCACCAUCAGAAAGCUGUUUUCAUUCAGACGGAAAUAAGGACAACCUAUGAGAACAAGGACCUAAGACAUUACUAAUGAUAAACCAAACAUUUUUAUGCACAUGCUUUCUAUCAAUGCUUUGUAUUAGAUCAGUUUUCGUUAAUGAAUGGAAAUGUUUUUAACUGGAAUAAUUUUGCUUUUGAAACUAACUCAGUUGUCUUUUUAUAGAUUUAACUGUUGUCAUUAAUACAGGUAUGGGAAAAUAACUAUCCUCAUUAAGGUCAAAUAACAUGGUACAGACCAAUGAUUUAUCCAGUGCAUUCAGACAGUAUUCAGACCCCUACAGCCUUAUUCUAAAAUGGAUUAAAUUGUCCCCCCAAUCUACACACACUACCCCAUAAUGACAAAGUGGAUUUUUAGAAACGUUUUUCAAAUGUAUAAAAAAUGGAAAUAUAAUUUACAUAAGUAUUCAGAGACUUGUUACUCAGUACUUUGUUGAAGCACCUUUGGCAGGGAUUGCAGCCUCAAGUCUCCCUGGGUAUGAUGCUACAAGCUUGGCACACCUGUAUUUGGGGAGUUUCUCCCAUUCUUCUCUGCAGAUCCUCUCAAGCUUUUAGGUUGGAUGGGGAGUGUUGCUGCACAACUAUUUUAAGGUCUCUCCAGAGAUGUUCAAGUCUGGGCUCUGGCUGGGCCACUCAAAGAUAUUCAGAAACAUAUCCCUAAGCCACUUCUGUGUUGUCUUUGCUGUGUGCUUAGGGUCAUUGUCCUGUUGGAAGUGAACCUUCACCCCAGUCUGAGGCCCUGAGUGCUCUGGAGCAGGGUUUUAUCAAGGAUCUCUGUACUUAGCUCCAUUCAUCUUUCCGGCUGGGGGGUGUAGAAGCCACCGCAUGCCCAUUUUGGCAAUCCUGCACAAUUGUUAAAAACAAAAAAUUAAUUGCCCCACAGUGGUGUCAUAAUACCCAUAAAGUCUAGCGGUCAAACGGGGAAAUGGUUCCAAUUGUUUUUCCACCAUUUUUCUCAUAGGGGAUUAUAGAAACAGUUAAGGGGUGUGUCAUGAAGGCUUACCCUGGCGUGACAUUUUGUUAACCAUCUAAAUUGCUUUCAGGCAAGGUGACUGAAAUAUAGUUUGUGCUAUUUACUGACUCAUGCUAAUUAGCAUCAAAGUAGACAUCAUGCAAGACUACAAAUCCCUGCACGUCAACUCGAGUUAACGCCUUUGCUAACAGGGUGUGUACAUUUAACUCCAGACCAUUCACAGAAUUACCAAUUUUAUUUAUUACAUUUAGCUAACGGUUAAUCCAGAUAUUUUUACUAUAAUUCGUCAAUCUCAUCCAUCUCAUGGCAUUUGUAGUUAAUGAUUAGCAACUAAUUAGCGUUUCAUUUGUUGGGGGUAAAUACAGGCAAAUAUUUUGAUAAAUCAUCUUGUCUAAGGAGAGAUUCACAUGGUUAUCAAAAUGUCACGCCAGUGUAAGCCGUCAUGACACACAGCUCUUCUAAAAUCCCCCAUGAGAAAAAUGGAUGGUGAUAAAUCAAUUGGAACCAUUUCCUGGUUUGGCCAUUAGGCUUAAUGGGUAUUAUGACUCAUACUGUGGUACUCUAUAGAAAUGCAUUUGUCCAGGUUAGUUUGCCACAUUUAUUCUAUUAAACACCAAUGUAAACGUUUAAAUUAUGAGCAAAACAAAAAUAAACUAUUGAGAUGA